AUGAGCACAAACGGCCAAGACCAACAACAACCCCAAGCCCCAGUGACGACGUUCCAGCCUCACCACCCGCCCCUGGGGCUCUAUGAAGCGUAUAUAGCAAAGCGGGAGAUCAAGUUGACUGUGCAAGGCAAGAUCGCUAGUUCCAGGGGCGAUUUCGCGGUUGUGGAUGAUGAAGGCCGGGUGGUAUUCGUAUCGCACGAUGAUCCUGAUCCUGUUGUCAAAGGCGCCAAGCACAUUGCGGAUAUGAACGGCCAGCCGCUGUUGACCAUCGCAAAAGACAAGUCGUUGCUCCACAAACGAUAUAUCGUGACGAAUGCGAAGGGGGAGGAGAUUAUCAAGGUGGGGCAUAAUCACAAGUCUGUUAAAACAAGCAUAGACGCCCACUUCACAAACACCUCCGACAGCGUGGCGCACGAGCUCAAAGUCAAAGGGAACUGGACGAGCAAGGCGUUUGAUAUAGCGCUGGAUAGUGGGGCGGCGGUGGCGAGGGUUGAUCGGGGUGUUAUGCAGAGUUGGGGGCAGCAUUACUCGGUGACGAUCGCCGAAGGCGUCGAUAUCGCGCUGGUGACCGCCAUCGUCAUCUGCCUCGCAUCGUCCUUUGUGGAGGAAGAGGUCGCUGUCACGGAGGCAUGA